CCAGAGCCCGGCGGGUCCCGCGCCUCAUCCCGGCGCCUCUGUGAAUGCCAUUAGCGCCGACCGCCUCGGUGCCGGGACACCGGGCAGCCGUACCCGGCACUGCGCCCAGCCGGGCCCCGUCCGCUGCCCGCUGCCUGCCCCGGGCUCACCUCCACCGCCCAGCCUGGAGGGGGCUGCCCUGCCCGCAGGAGCCCCAUCCAUGUCAUGGAUUUGUGACCCCCGGGUCAGCAUCCGCCAGUUCCCAGCUCAGGCGGGGUAGCAGAGCCUGCGGUGAUUGCGCCGAGCCCCGGGGCUGUGGUGGGGCUUUGGUUGUCACUGGUGUCCUGGUGAGGCCUCAGUGACUGUGCCACGGGUGAAACGCAGAGGGGCUGAUGAUUGGCAUGGCUCAGUUGGUGCCUUGCACAAGGCACUGCAGCAUAGCCAGGGGGCAAGGUGGGAUCUGUAUUCUGGCACAGUGCCCUGAUAACAAUCACCUCCCACUCCCCAGGGGAGAGCGUGCUGCUGCCAGAGCUGGAGGAGGACUUCCUUACCUCGUGGUGGCACUCAUCAGAGUGGCAGACACACUGACAUGGGCCCCUCUGGGUAUUGCAGGCACCUGCUUAGCCAGAGCCUGCAAAUCCUGCUUCCAUUUGCAUGGUGCCGCGGCGCCACCAGCCAGACCCCGGCCAUGAGCCGCUCGCUGCUCCUGCUCCUGCUCCUGCUGCGCGGCCUCCCCGCUGGCCGCCCCCCGGCCACUGCCACCCCCCGCCUCAAGCUGUCCUUCCCCGAGCUGCGGGCUCGCCAUGGGCUGCGACUCUUCUCGCUGGAGCACUCCUGCUGCUACGAGGCCCUGCUGCUGGACGAGGAGCGUGGCCGUCUCUUCGUGGGCGCCAAGAACCACCUCCUUUCUUUGGCCCUGGAUGACAUCAGCCAGCGGGACAGGAAGAUCUACUGGCCGGCUCCUGUGGAGUGGAGAGAAGAAUGCAACUGGGCCGGCAAGGAUAUCACUGCUGAGUGCAUGAACUUUGUGAAGAUCCUGCACCCCUACAACCAGACCCACCUGUACGCCUGUGGCACUGGUGCCUUCCACCCAGUCUGUGCCUUCAUCGUGGCCGGCCAGCAUGCAGAAGAGCCUGUUUUUAAGCUGGACCCCCACCACACUGAGGAUGGCAAGGGGAAGAGCCCGUAUGACCCCCGGCAUACAGCCGCCUCUGUCCUUGUGGGCGAGGAGCUCUACUCUGGGGUGGCCACCGAUCUGAUGGGCCGUGACUUUACCAUCUUCCGCAGCCUGGGCCGACGUCCCUCCAUCCGCACGGAGCAGCACGACUCCCGCUGGCUCAACGAGCCCAAGUUCGUGGCCGUUUUUUGGGUGCCAGAGAGUGAGGACCCCGACGACGACAAGAUCUACUUCUUCUUCCGUGAGACAGCGGUUGAACGGCAGCAGGGGUUGGGCAAGACCAGCUUUGCCCGCAUCGGCCAAAUCUGCCGGAAUGACAUGGGUGGGCAGCGCAGCCUGGUGAACAAGUGGACGACGUUUCUGAAGGCUCGGCUGGUCUGUGCUGUGCCAGGACCUGAUGGGGCAGACACCCACUUUGAUGAGCUCCGGGAUGUUUUCCUGUUGCAGACAAGAGACAAGCGCAACCCUCUGAUCUACGCCAUCUUCUCCACCUCCAGCUCUGUUUUCCAAGGCUCAGCUGUCUGUGUUUACACCAUGGCUGACAUCCGCCGGGCUUUCCUGGGCCCCUUUGCGCACAAGGAAGGUCCCAACUAUCAGUGGGUGUCAUACCAGGGGCGUGUGCCAUACCCCCGCCCAGGCAUGUGCCCCAGCAAAACAUUUGGCACCUUCGGCUCCACCAAGGACUUCCCCGAUGAGGUGAUCCAGUUUGCCCGUCACCACCCAUUGAUGUAUAACCCUGUCUUGCCCCAUGGCCAGCGCCCCCUCUUCCUGCAAGCUGCCGUGCCCUACACUUUCACCCGCAUAGCUGUGGACCGUGUCACCGCUGCUGAUGGCCACUACGAUGUUCUCUUCAUUGGCACAGAUGUGGGCACAGUGCUGAAGGUGGUCUCAGUGCCCAAGGAGAGCUGGCACCGCAUGGAGCCACUGCUGCUGGAGGAGCUGCAGGUCUUCCAGGAUGCCUCCCCCAUCAUCAGCCUGCAGCUCUCCUCCAAGCGGCAUCAGCUCUAUGCUGGCUCGGCCACAGCGCUGGCCCAGCUGCCCCUGCACCGCUGCGGUGCCUAUGGCAAAGCCUGUGCCGAGUGCUGCCUGGCCCGGGACCCGUACUGCGCCUGGGAUGGCAACACCUGCACCCGCUACGUGCCCAACACCAAGAGGCGUUUCCGCCGGCAGGACGUCCGCAAUGGUGACCCCAACGUGCUUUGCUCUGAAGAUCCCAGGCGGGACACCGUACCCCAGAAGCAACUCUACGGGGUGGAGGGAAGCACUGUCUUUCUGGAGUGCAUCCCCAAAUCCCUGCAAGCCCACAUCCUGUGGACAUACCAGCGCACCCUGAGCGAUCCUCAGCGAGAGGUGCAGAUGGACGAGCGGGUGGUGCGGACGGAGCGGGGCGUCCUGCUGCGCAGCGUGAGGCGCUCCGACGCCGGCCUCUACCUCUGCCACGCCACCGAGCACGGCUUCACCCAGCCCCUGCUGCGGCUCUCCCUGGAGGUGAUCGGCGCCUGGCAGGCCACGGGCGCGGCAUCUGCCGGAGACCCCCAGCUCUCCGCCGGGAUGCCCCGCAAGGUCUGGUACCGGGACUUCCUCCAGCUGGUGGAGCGCCCACCGCUGGGAGCCACGGACAAGGUCUGCCAGAGGCUCUGGAGACCCCCGCCACCGGCCCGCACUCCCGCCGGCGCCCCGGGCCGCGGGCGGGGUGAGGAGCCGCGCCGAGCCCGCCGCCGGCGCACCCACGAGGGGCCGCGGGCCGAGCGGGGGCCCCGCAGCGCAUCCCCCUGGUGAGCCGGGGCCGGCCCCGGGCGCCGGGCUCUGCCUCAGGAGCGGGGCCGGCCCCGGGCGCCGGGCUCUGCCUCAGGAGCGGGGCCGGCCCCGGGCGCCGGGCUCUGCCUCGGGAGCGGGGCCGCGGGCGGGGCACGGCCUCGGCCGCCCUGCCGGCAGCGCUGCGUGGGCAGUGGCGGGGGGCAGCCGGGCUGAGCAGCCCCCCGAGGGGCUGCCGACUGCCCUUGCCACCGGCUCCAACACCGGUGGGGACCCAGCCGGCUGCCGGCAUCGCAGAGUCACCGAAAUAUUUAUUAACGACUGUUAUUAUGAAUGUAAACCUGCGGGGCCAGGCAGUGCCCCCCCCCCCCCCCCCCCAGCAUGGCACUGCGGGAGGACGGCACAGCAGGGUCACGCUCGGGUCCCAAAGGGCUACAGGCAGCAGUGGGAGCACGGAGGGGCAGGACAGGCACUGGUAGGACACAGGAGGAGGGGGGCACAAAGGGGAGAUGUUGGGGGGUAUAAAGGUGGCACCCACUGCCCUGGGUGUAGAGCAGUGGCACAGGGGACCUUGUACUAAUUGAGCACAAUAAAGCAGAUUCAGCCGCC